AUGUCAAGGGCUUACUCCUCUGCUGCUAGGAAGCUAUCAAAAAUUACUGUCAAAUCACCAUUGGUCGAACUCGAUGGUGAUGAAAUGACUAGAAUCAUAUGGUCAAAGAUUAAAAAAAAUCUAAUACUACCUUUCCUAGACGUCGACUUGAAAUACUACGAUCUAUCAAUCGAAAAUAGAGACUCAACAAAUGAUCAAGUCACUGUCGAUGCUGCAAAUGCAAUCAAAAAUUUUGGUGUAGGUGUAAAAUGUGCUACUAUCACCCCUGAUGAAGCAAGAGUUGAAGAAUUCAAUUUGAAAAAAAUGUGGAAAUCUCCAAAUGGUACCAUAAGAAAUAUCUUGGGUGGUACCGUCUUUAGAGAACCAAUUGUCAUCCCAAGAAUUCCAAGAUUAAUCCCAGGUUGGGAAAAACCAAUCAUUAUAGGUAGACACGCUCAUGGUGAUCAAUAUAAAGCUACGGAUACCUUAAUUCCAACUGCUGGUAAAUUAGAAUUGGUAUUUACACCAACUGAUCCAAAUGGUGAAAGACAAAUUUUAAACGUCUAUGAUUAUAAAAACUCUGGUGUCGCAUUGGCAAUGUACAAUACCGAUGAAUCUAUUAGAGGUUUUGCUCAUUCUUCUUUUAAAUUGGCGAUCAAUAAGAAACUAAACUUAUUCUUAUCAACUAAAAAUACAAUUUUGAAAAAAUACGACGGUAGAUUUAAAGACAUCUUCCAAGAAAUCUAUGAAAGUGAUUAUAAAUCUCAAUUCGAAAACUUGGGUAUCAGUUAUGAACAUCGUCUAAUCGAUGACAUGGUAGCUCAAAUGAUUAAAUCAAAAGGUGGUUUCAUUAUGGCUUUGAAAAACUACGACGGUGACGUUCAAUCAGAUAUCGUCGCCCAAGGUUUCGGUUCUUUGGGUUUGAUGACCUCGGUUUUAGUCACUCCAGAUGGUAAAACUUUCGAAAGUGAAGCUGCCCACGGUACUGUCACCAGACAUUACAGACAAUACGAACAAGGUAAAGAAACUUCAACUAAUUCCAUAGCCUCCAUCUUUGCCUGGUCUAGAGGUUUGGCUAAAAGAGGUGAGUUGGACAGUACUCCUGAUGUUAUUAAAUUUGCUAAUUUAUUGGAAUCUGCAACUUUAAACACCGUCCAACAAGAUGGCAUCAUGACUAAAGAUUUGGCUUUGGCUUGUGGUAAAACAGAAAGAUCUGCUUACGUCACUACUGAUGAAUUCUUAGACGCUGUCGCAACCAGAUUGAAUAACGAAUUCAAAUCUUUCGAAAAUUCAAGUAAAUUAUAA